CUAAAACUAUACUUUUAAUUUUUCUAAUCUCUGUGUUAUUUAAUGUCUAUAAAAUGUGUAGGAUUCCAGCUUUCCAGCUAUUUUUUUUUUGCACUGUAUAGUUUUUACUUUCAGCAUUUCACCUUUCUUCCUGCAGCCUUGAAGACAGUCAUUUCGUUCCUCCCUUUCUUUCUGUUGCCCAAAUCGCUUCCUCGUUUAUCCAUACUGUCCUCAGGAAAAUGCAGAUAUGUAUCCGAGAGGGCGUAUAAUGCAUCCAUGAUCCACAGGAAUCCUGAAUCCUUGCAGCUGAUUGGCUGCUGGGUCCUGCCUCUUGUUGGGAUGGACCUGUUGGAUAAAAGGACCAUUUUCUAAAGGACUCUUGUGUGUUAGACACAGGAUCAUGCACUGGGGACCAUCCUGUGAGACACUAAAAUAAGAAAUAGGCCUUUUCAAGUAGCAUCGAAGACACCAUGACGGGGAAGCAAGGCGCCGUGCUGUUGGAAAGUUUAAAUUUAUCGGAGAAAACCUCUCUGGGUGCUAAUGGAGGGAGUAACAGCCUCCAGCCGAAGAGCAGCGCGACCCAUCCGCCGCCCAGGUGCACCGGCUUUGGCAUCCAGGAGAUACUGGGGCUCAAUAAGGAGCCGUCCGCGGCCCCGAGGAGCCCUCUGAGCACGCUGCCGGCCGGGGCUCACCUCAUCGCCGCCAGGUCCGUGCUGGGCCCCGCCGGCGUGGGUAUGGGUGUCGGGAUGGGAUUACUCGGCCCUGGUGGAAUUCCGUCGUUUUACAGCCAGCCAGCGUUUCUGGAGACGGUGCUGUCGGACGCACAGGAUGUUCACCUGCAGCCCCACAGCAGGUCCGUGGGGCCGCUGGACACCAGCCAGUCAGCCAGCUCAGACUCCGAGGAUUUAUCUUCAAAUGAACGAAAACUCUCAAAGUCAUCUGUAAAUCAGAGCAAGAAACGCAAGAAACGACGUCACCGGACAAUAUUCACCUCAUAUCAGCUGGAGGAGCUGGAAAAGGCCUUUAAUGAAGCGCACUACCCGGAUGUUUAUGCCCGAGAGAUGCUGGCCAUGAAAACAGAACUACCUGAGGACAGGAUACAGGUUUGGUUUCAGAACCGCAGAGCUAAGUGGAGGAAGAGGGAGAAAUGCUGGGGCCGCAGCACUGUGAUGGCUGAGUAUGGGCUGUAUGGAGCCAUGGUGAGGCAUUCAAUCCCUCUGCCGGAGUCCAUCCUCAAGUCUGCCAAGGAUGGCAUCAUGGAGUCCUGCGCCCCCUGGCUGCUCGUCCAAGAUGGCUUACCAAUCAACAGACGCAAUUCUAAAUCUGAAUACCCGCAACUCUUUGCAGGGAUGCACAAAAAGUCCAUGGAGGCAGCUGUUCCCCCGCCAACAGGAAAGUGCGACGCUCCCCAGCAGCCCAGCUCUCAGAGGGCAGAAGACGCUGAGGCGGAGGAAAAGAGGUCAGAAGGCAAGUCCACCAUUUCUAAAGAGGAACUGAGAGAGAACAGCAUUGCUGCACUCAGGGCCAAGGCACAGGAGCACAGUGCCAAAGUGCUGGGGACGGUUUCUCAUGACAGACUGCAGGAGGGCAAACAGGAGAGACAGGCGGCCGAGGAGAAAGCCAGUGAUCCCCUGAGUCCAGCAGAGGAGGAGAAAAGCCCAUAGAGACUGAGGACUUUUAUUCUCCUGGGUGAAUGCAGUGGCCUGGCUGCUUUCAGCAUGUGUCCGGACUUACCCGACAUAAACACACUGUCCUGCAGGUAUUCAUCCUUCAUCGACUUCUCUAAACUGGCCUGCAUCUGGACGUCUCUGAGAGGAAAACUCAUCUGCUGCACAGAAGCUGCAAAUGCACUUUUUCUGAUUUACUUCCAAACUUACAGUUUACUUACAGUUGUUGUUUCUUAUGCAUAGUAGAGUGGGAGUUAAGUGUUAAUAACGGUGUAUAUAUAGAGCCAGAUGAGUCAAAUUUUAUCCAGUAUAACAUUUAUAAUAUUUCAAUUAGGACUACCAAUGACCAAUGAGCAGUCAGUGUCUGAAGGUCUACAUUUCAUCCUUGACAUUCAUUUUAAUGUUGCUUGUACAGUUAGUAAAUGGUGACAUUUGAAAUAAGAACCAUCCCACCGACAGUACUCUUUUAAGAGAAAGAAAGUAAAUGUUGUCCUAUAUCGCGUUGUAUAUAAUUGAUAUAUUAAUCUCUCUCACUAAGGCACAAUUUUAAAUAUGUUUUCUUGUAGUAUUAAAGAAAAUGUUUGUGUUUUCAUUUCAAAAUGUGUAUAACUCAAAAUACAAAG